AUAAUUAUGUAGCAUUUAGAUUAUUUAAACUAUUUAUAUUCAAUGUAUCUUUGUCUUCAAAUGAUAUACUUUACUUGUAGAGCUCAAAAACCAAUUGGGACAUGUUCCAAACUGUUUCCUAAUGUGAGACAUCAACCUUUUUUAAUACCAACUCGUUCUAUGUUCAUACAAACUCAAGAUACUCCUAAUCCAAACAGCCUUAAGUUUUUACCAGGUGUUCAAGUUUUGGAAAAAGGUCAUACAAUGGAUUUUCCUAAUGCAUCAGCAGCAUACUGUAGUCCUUUAGCUAAAGUUUUGUUUCGUGUUGAAGGGGUAAAAAGUGUCUUUUUCGGUUCAGAUUAUAUUACUUUAACGAAAGCAGAUGAUGAUAUAGAAUGGAUGGUUAUUAAACCAGAAAUAUAUGCCACCAUUAUGGAUUUUUUUGCUAGUGGUCUACCUAUAUUAACUGAUGCCAAACCAACUAGUGAUACUCAAAUUCAUGAAGAUGAUAAUGAAACUGUGAUGAUGAUUAAAGAACUUCUUGAUACCAGAAUCAGACCAACUGUACAAGAAGAUGGUGGUGAUAUCCUUUUUAUAGGAUAUGAUGCAGGAAUUGUCAAGUUGAAAUUACAAGGAUCUUGUACUAGCUGUCCAAGUUCUGUAGUUACUCUAAAAAGUGGUGUUCAAAACAUGCUUCAAUUUUAUAUACCUGAGGUGAUAGCUGUCGAACAAGUCGAAGAUGAAAUUGAAAUACGGACAAAAGCCGAAUUUGAAAAAUUUGAAAAGAAGUUGGAAGAAAAUGAUGAAAAGGGACAAAAAUAAUCCAGUUAAAUCUUAGAUAUUUAUUAAUAAACAUUUUCAUGAAGUUUUGUAUAGAAUAUAGAUGUAAUAUAACAAGACUACAUUAUCAAAACAUCUACAGUGCAGAGUGGUUUCCAUAGUAUAUUUUUUUACUAAUCAAUAAAUGUUUUAUUGGAUAAUUAUAUAGUUUUGGUAAAAUGUUUUGUUUA